AUGGCUGAUGCACCACCUUCCCAGGAGCCAGCCGGCGCAAACAGUGCCGUUCCGAGCGAGGUGAAUGGCACUGGGCUGGCAGAUGCAGCUCCGAAGCCAAUGCAGGAGCCGCAGCCAAAGAGCAAUGCAACACCUUGUGAGGAGCCAGCUGGCGCAAACAGUGCCGUUCCGAGCGAGGUGAAUGGCACUGGGCUGGCAGAUGCAGCUCCGAAGCCAAUGCAGGAGCCAGCCGGCGCAAACAGUGCCGUUCCGAGCGAGGUGAAUGGCACUGGGCUGGCAGAUGCAGCUCCGAAGCCACUGCAGGAGCCAGCCGGCGCAAACAGCGCCGCGCCGAGCGAGGGGAAUGACAAGGAGCUGGCAGAUGCAGCUUCUACACCAGCGCAGGCCAGCUGGAUGUGUCCCAAGUGCGACGAGCCAAACAAGCCUUUGCGGGAGCAGUGCAACAAUUGCGGAGCUGCGAAGCCUGGCGAGGGGAAGCAGACGCCAGUGACCGCAGCUGCUCCAGCGCCAGCUGCUGCAGCUGCUGCUCCAGCUCCAGCGCCUGAGAGAUGGACUUGCCCAUCCUGCGAUGAGCCGAACAAGGGUGAGCGGACAGUUUGUAAUAGCUGCCAGCAGCCUAGACCAAAGCCGAAGGAGAAGUGGGUGUGUCCUCGAUGCGACGAACCGAACAAGGAUGAGCGCAAUGAGUGCAACAACUGCGGAUGGGUGAAGCGAAGCAAAUCUGUCAUCUCCCUGGGGGACUCUGACGAGGAGAAGCCUGCGGCGCCCGCGGCUGCGAAGGCGGCGCCAGCACCUGCUGCAAAGGCUGCCACCGCACCAGGCCAGCGAACUCGGAGUUCCAGCAGCUCCAGCAGCUCCUCCAGUAGCAGCUCUGACUCAUCGCGGGAUCGCUUUCUUGGAAGGGAAAGGGAAGAGAGGCUGAAGCGAUUUGAACGCCGCAGUACCUCCAAUCAUCGCAGGCCAUAUGCUCGCUGGCGGGGCCGCAGCCCAAACCAGAGAAGCGACGUGCGAGAUCGUCGUGACUUCGAGUCCCGCGAUGCUCGUGAUGGAGACCGGCCAAAACGCGAUGACCGCGAGGGGCGCUCUGGAGAUAGACACAAGUCUGAAGACAGGGAUGGCAGAGGUCACCAUGACAAAGACGAGAGGGACCGUGGAGAAGGUGAGCGUGAACGCCGACGAGACAGCCGUCGCCGAAGUCGCGACCAGGGCAGACACGAACGGGGAAGGGAUGAUCGCCAUGGUCGAGAUGACCGUCGAGAUGAACGUCGCGAUGAACGUCGAGAUGACCGGGACCGUUACCCGGAGCGAAGGCGAGAAUCCAGAUCUCGCAGCCAGCGACCACGCCAGGAAGGCGUGGAAGUUCCAAUCGGGGCGAAGCAGGAUUGGCGCCAACAAGACCAGGCUCCUCCGCCGCCGCCGGAAGGAGAAGGAGGGGCAGGAGACCUUACCAGGACAGCUAGCUGGAAUGGCUAUGACAAGAGCAGUGCCAGCGGCUGGUGGUCGGAUGUGGAAAGGUCAAACUCCUGGAGCGCCGGUGACUCCUGGCAGAAGUUCGGCUCCCAAGACGGUAGUUGGAAGGACCAACAGGCCCAGCAGCAGGAUGGUUGGAACUCCUGGCAGUCAGAAGCGGGGCAGAAGCGCGAGCGGGAUUGGGACGAUGGUCCGGCCUGGAAGAAGCAGAGACAGGACGACUGGGGCCAAGCUGGCUCCUGGCCAGUCGACCAGUUCUCUCAGGCCCAGUUCCCUCAGGAGUGGGACGAUAGAAUGUGGAAGAAGGAGAAGAAGGAGAAGAAGGAGAAGACGGAAAAGAAAGACAAGAGACACAGAAGCAACAGGGAGCCGCCGCAGAAGCUCCACGGCGACUGGUGGGAGCAGCCCAAAGAGCAAGUUGGACUGGCGCUGGUGAAGGACAGGGCCAAGAUCUUCAACUGGCAGUACCCUUUGUGGGAUGACUCUCGCCGAUCAUAUGCAGGAUAUCUUCCAAGCCCUUGGCCUCUGGCACAGUGCAACAUGUUCUUCGCUAUGAUCCGCGACAGCGUGGAGUGGCUGCAGCCUGAAGGCGACAAGGGCCUGAUGCCUCGAAAGACCGCUUGGCUGGUGAAGCCCGGCUGCGAGUGCCGGUACAGCUACGGCCCCUUCGAGGUACCUCCUGCUCAGUUCCCGCCUUGGAUGAUCAACCUCAUGUCCGAGGUGAUGCCUAAAUGCGGCUAUCUCAACAUGCAGGAGUGGCCAGACUGCUGCAACUUGAACCUCUACAUGGAUGGGGGCUCCACUGUUGGCUGGCAUGCAGAUGAUGAGGCGCUGUUCCAAGGCAAGUUUCGGGACAUCACCAUUCUCUCCAUGUCCUUGGGCAUUGCGAGGCUUUUCGAACUCCGCUACAACUGGCCGGAGAUGCAAGGAGAGGACGAAGUCCAACGUGUGCGCCUUGGAAAUGGAGACCUGAUGACGAUGGAGGGCAUGACGCAGAAGCACUUGCAGCACCGCGUGCCCAAGGAGAACGUCCAAGGGCCUCGCAUAAACCUGACCUGGAGAUGGGUGAAGCGGCACAAGGCAGGCUGCCCCAUGGGCCGCCGGUGA